UGCCUAUUGGGCCGAUCGGCUCGGGAGGCGGGACGUGGAGGGCGCGGGGUGGGGCUCCGUGUCCAGAAGGUGAGAAACGUUGACCCGGCCUGCGGACCCUACCGGAGGAGCCGAGCUGCGCGAGUCCGGCGGCAGCGGACGGAAACUCCGUGCCCCUCUUCAGUCUCUCCUCCGCCCCACCCCACCCCACCCGGCCCCAGCCCGCUCCGUCUCGGUGGACGGUCCAUGUAAAGGGACUCCUGCGCGGUGCUCUGUGACUCCGCAGCAUUCACGGCGAGGACAUGGCAGCUGGGAGGCCCGCGUUGGGCCGCGUCCUCCCCGGAUCUUCCAUGCUCUUCCUGUGCGACAUGCAGGAGAAGUUCCGCCACGUCGUGUACUUCCGCCAGAUCGUCUCUGUGGCUGCGCGCAUGCUCAAGGUGGCCCGGCUGCUGAGUGUGCCGACAGUGCUGACUGAGCAGUACCCACAGGGCCUGGGCCCCACGGUGCCCGAGCUGGGCGCCCAGGGCCUCCAGCCACACUCCAAGACCUGCUUCAGCAUGGUGCCGGUGGUGCAGCAGGAGCUGGACGCACGGCCCCAGCUGCGCUCUGUGCUCCUCUGUGGCUUGGAGACACAAGCCUGCAUCUUGCAAACGGCCCUGGACCUCCUGGAUCGUGGGCUGCAGGUCCACGUGGUGGUGGAUGCCUGUACCUCCCGGAGAUCCAGAAGCUCAUCAAGGAGCCCAGCCCCGACAGCGGGCUGCUGGGCCUUUUCCAAGACCAGAACCCCCUCUUCCGCUGACCUCGCCACCCUGCGCUGUGCGGAGACACCCUCUUCUCCUGUCCUCGGGACUCUGGCAGGCGUGCUUUCUCCCCCCGUCGCCGGGUCCCGAGAGUGGUGCAGUCCACCGGGAGAUCCGCCCCCUCGGGAGGGCGGUGGGUGCCGCCUCCCCAUUGGGCCGCAGCUCCCGGAAAUGCAAAUGAAGCUCCCGGAGCUGGGCGAGGGUUGGUCGAGCCGGGCUGGAGGCGGGGCUCGGCCCCGGGCCACUCCAAGGGGCGGCGAGGGGGAGGGCGUCACAGUCUGUGUGGGACCCGCUCACGGAGAAUAAACACUGAUGUGACUGUG